AUGCCAAAGCAACAAUCUAAAGAAGAAAUAGCAUUGCAACUAAAAUCAGCUGUCUAUUUACAUGUUGCCAAGAUAGUUGAAGAAAAAGUAAAAGAAUUGAAUCUACAAGAAGAAAACACUACAAAUGAUCAUGGUAUAAUAGCAACCCCAACAUUCAUAGCACAAUUGGUAGAAUUGGUGUAUAAUCAAUUGAUAAAUCUUGGUGAAGAUUUGGAAUUAUUUUGUCAACAUGCUGGUAGAGAUAUAGUGGAACCACUGGAUCUAUAUAUGGUUACAAGAAAGAAUCCCACAUUACAACAAUUUCUUAAAGAUAUAGAGCAAAAGAAUAAAGAGUGA